AUGGCUCCCGACACAGUGGAAGAAUCGCCGCGGGUGGUGUCGCCCGCGUCGACCGCCGGCGACUACUACGACGCGCCCAUGUCGCCCAUGUCGCCCCUGCAGAAGGAGGUCUCGCCCGAGGCCCUCGUGGUCGGCACGACGCAGCUCUUCGAGAACGACAGCAUCCGCUUCGUGCCCACGCCCACGCCGAGCCCCAAGGACCCCCUCAACCUGCCCACGUGGCGCAAGUGGGCCGCCGUCGCCGCGCUGUCCCUGUUCGGCGCGCUCGCGCUCGCCGCCGAGAACGUCAUCGGCGCCAUGGUGCCCGUGUUCGUCCUCGAGUACGCGGGCGUCGACCCAAAGGUCCUCGGGCAGCCCCAGCCGCCCGGCGGGCAGGGCGGCGGGCAGGGCGGCCUGAUGACUGGGAUGGGCGGCCCGCCGCUGUGGCAGGUGUCGCUGCUGGCUUCGUUGCCGCUGCUUGUGAACGGUAUUGCGUCGUACUUCCUCGUUCCACUCACUAUCGCUAUUGGGAGACGUCCUGUGCUACUGUUUACCGGCGCGAUGGCGUGGAGUGGUGGUCUUUGGGCGGGUUACUCGACUUCCCUUAGUAGCCACCUUGCAGCGAGGGCAUUUCAGGGCCUCGGUGCCGGUGCAGUUGAGGCUCUGGUGCCGUUGAUCAUCCAGGAUUUCAUGUUUAUUCACGAGAGGAAUAAGGCUAUCUCCCUCGUGGGUGCAACACAGGGACUAUUUGUGUUGGCCUUGGGUAUUUCUGCUCCCUACAUUGUACUCCGUCUAGACUGGAGAUAUCUUUACUAUAUCACCGCUGGUGUUGGCAUUCUUGUGUGGCUGGGUCUGAUAGCGUUCGUGCCUGAGACCCGCUGGGUCCGGAGUGAUGAUGAGCUCGCGGGUAAGCAAGUCUACGCGCUCUUGCCAGGCGAGAACCGGCCCAGGCUGGACGAGCUCCAUUACGGACCACGCAACAAAAACAGUAACUUCGGCAUGUUCAACGUUGAGACAGAAUGGAGACUUGCGGCCCGUUCAAUCUGGGAAAUGAUCAAGACGACCUUCUUCCCCAACGUACUAUGGGUAAUUCUCAUCAAUUCCAUGUUCUCGGCCAUACAGAACGCCAACGCUCAGGUCAUCUCAUCCGUCCAGAUCGCCGCAGGGUGGAAGUUCGAGACCAUCGGCUUGGUUUUCAUACCGUUCGUCAUCGCGAGCCCUUUUGUGUGGCUUUUCGGGGGGUUCCUGGCGGACAAGGUGUCUAAUUGGCACGCAAGGCGGAAUGGCGGGCGGAGGGAGCCCGAGGCACAUCUCUUGAGUCUGAUCAUUCCACUGUCAGCGGGUAUCGUAGGCCCUAUUGUGGUUGGGUAUGCCGGUCAGAAUAUCGAAUCGGUGUCGACGAUUGUGGUACUGGUGGGCAUCUUCCUGAUUGGAUUCGGUUACUUGACGACGAGCGCGGUGGUCUCGGUCUACUUGGUCGAGAGUUAUCCUCGCUUCGCAGGACCUGUCCUUGUCAAUGUUUCCUCCCUGCGUCUCGUGGUAGGUUUCGCACUGUCUUUUGACUCGACAACCUGGAUCGAGCAACUUGGGUUCAUGGUCAACUUCGCUAUCUACGGUGGUAUAAUGGCCGGCUUUGCUUUGGGUUUGCCUAUCAUGUACAUUUACGGUAAAAGAAUCCGUGCUUGGACGGCUGGUCGGCUGGAGAGUCCGUAUGAGCAGACCCAAGUUGACCCGGAAAGAAAUAGUGGGCAAAGUGUUGAGAAGGUUGCUACUGACGAUGCUACUGUUACGGCUUCCACAAAUUAUUGA